AUUCGUUGUUUAGUUGGUAACUCGCUCCUGUUCUUCCAUCUGUCUUUCAAACUUUCUCUGGCGCAAAUUACUCUAAACUUUAACACUCCCAAACACAAUUUUUCUUUCCCAAUUUUUCCCUAAAAAAAAAUCAUUUUCGAGUAAGCACACUCUUCCUCAUCCAUGGCAUCUCGCCGCCGCAUGUUAUUGAAGGUCAUAAUCCUUGGAGAUAGCGGGGUUGGUAAAACAUCACUGAUGAAUCAGUAUGUGAAUCGUAAAUUUAGUAAUCAGUAUAAGGCAACCAUUGGUGCAGAUUUUCUCACCAAGGAGGUUCAAUUUGAAGAUAGGUUGUUCACAUUGCAGAUUUGGGAUACUGCUGGUCAAGAGAGGUUUCAGAGUCUUGGUGUGGCUUUCUACCGUGGUGCAGAUUGCUGUGUUCUUGUUUAUGAUGUAAAUGUAAUGAAAUCCUUUGACAAUCUCAACCACUGGCGAGAAGAAUUUCUUAUUCAGGCUAGUCCAUCUGAUCCUGAAAACUUCCCAUUUGUUGUAUUGGGAAACAAAAUAGACGUUGAUGGUGGAAAUAGCAGAGUUAUUUCUGAGAAGAAAGCAAAGGCAUGGUGUGCUUCAAAGGGAAACAUACCAUACUUUGAGACCUCUGCUAAAGAAGGGUUUAAUGUUGAAGCUGCUUUCCAGUGCAUAGCAAAAAAUGCACUGAAGAAUGAACCUGAAGAAGAAAUGUACCUGCCUGAUACAAUCGAAGUUGGUGGUGGUGGACGGCAACAGAGAUCUACUGGUUGUGAAUGUUAAGUGGAGAGAGUUCUCUCAUGCAACUCUACUUUAUCGACUUUGUAAAACCAAGGACAAAUUUCAAAUUUUGUUUUGUAUCUAUCUAGUGGAUUUAGCUGCCAUCAUGUUUAUUUUUCUAUCUUUAUCUUUUUGUGUUUGUGACAAAUGUUCCUCCAAAUCAGGAAAUGUAUGUGGAAAAUUGUUUUGUUCAAUCGAGUUAUGACAUUGAUUUGUGUUAUAA